AUGAAGAGAGCACGCGGCGGGGCCAUCGUCCUCUUCCUGUUACUCGCUGUCGAUUUCGGCAUUGCCCAAAACACCAUCGGCAAAGCAGAUGGAUUCCAUGUCGGGGUGAUCCUCGACCUGGGAUCGCCGGUGGGAAAGGUGGCGCGAACCAGCGUUUUGCUGGCCGUUCAAGACUUCUACGCGGCCCACCGGAACUACAGCACCAAGCUUGUUCUCCACGUUAGGGACUCCAUGGGCAGUGACAUCAAGGCCGCAUCAGCAGCUAUUGAAUUGCUAGAGAAUUACAAAGUGCAAGCCAUCAUUGGUCCCCAGAAAUCAUCGGAAGUUGUGUUCAUAUCCAAACUUGGAAAUAUAACCCAAGUCCCCAUAGUAUCAUUCACAGCAACAAGCCCCUCUCUCACUUGUGAUAGUAUGCCAUAUUUUGUACAAGCGACACCAGAUGACUCGGCUCAGGUGAAUAGCAUUGCCUCGCUCGUACAAGCCUAUGGAUGGAGAGAAGUAGUGGCAGUAUAUGAUGACACUGACUAUGGGAGAGGCAUUGUACCAUACCUCGCUGAUGCACUUCAAAAAAUUGAUGUGCGUGUUCCAUAUCGCAGUGUCAUCCCUUCAUCGGCAACAAGUGAGACCAUUAUAAAAAAACUCACUGAGUUGAUGGCAAUGCAAACAAGGGUAUUUAUUGUUCAUAUGUCAUCCACUAUGACUUCCCUUCUUUUUAUGAAGGCAAAAGAGCUAGGGAUGAUGAACCAAGGAUUUGCGUGGAUUACCACAAGUGGAGUGGCAAACAUCAUGGACACACUCAAUCCAAGAGUCAUUGAGGCAAUGAAUGGUGUGCUUGGAGUAAGGUAUCAUGUUUCCAGAUCGCAAGAACUUGAUAACUUAUCCAAAAGGUGGAACAAAAUGUACUUGCAGGAUAACCCAGAUGAAUCACCCUCCAAUAAACUAAGCAUUGUUGGGCUAUGGGGCUAUGAUACGAUAUGGGCAUUGGCACGAGCAGCAGAAAAGGUUGGAGUAUCCAAUACCACAAAUAAGCCACUAUUGUCCAUUAAAAACUCCACAUGCUUGGAAUCCAUGACUAUUUCCACUAAGGGUCAUGAACUCUUAAAGACAAUUGUACAAAAUAAGUUCAAAGGUUUCGGUGGUGAGUUUGACCUUACAUAUAGACAACAACAUAAGGCUUAUGUGUUCCAGAUAAUAAAUGUUGUUGGAAGAGGUUGGAGAGAAAUUGGGUUUUGGACUGUGAAAAGUGGACUUUCACGACAGUUAAAGCAAGAUGGCUUCAAAAAAACAGGACAACAGUCAAUGCAUGAUCUAAAUCCUGUAAUUUGGCCUGGAGAGUCAACCAAAAUACCAAUGGGCUGGGAAAUUCCUGCCGUUGGCAAGAAGCUUAGAGUUGGUGUGCGCUCAAGCAAAAUUCCGGAGUUCAUAAAGACAUACAAAGAUGCUGUCAAAAAUGCAACAACAGUGAGCGGCCUUACAGUUGAUAUAUUUGAGGAGGCGGUAAAGAGGCUACCUUUUCCACUUUCUUAUGAGUACCUAGAAUUUGACACAACUGAUACAAGGAGCUACAAUGAUUUUGUUUAUCAUGUUUAUCUUCAGUGUUUUGUUCUACUUUCACGCCACAAUUACUUCAAGUAUAGACAAAAGGAGGCCAACCAUAAAUUGUCAUUGCAGGAAUACGAUAUAGCGGUUGCAGAUAUUACUAUAAGAUACAACAGAUCAUUAUAUGUCGACUUCACUGUACCAUACACAGAAUCCGGAGUAGGGAUGAUUGUUCCAGUGAAGGAAAACGUGAUGAAGGAUGUGUGGCUUUUCUUGAAACCAUUGAGCACCGAGAUGUGGAUUGGCAGCAUCAUAUUAUUUAUGUACACAGGAGUUGUCGUCUGGCUGCUGGAGUAUCUAAAUGGCAAUGAACAUGUGCAUGGUCCCUUUUCGCUCAAACAACUGGCGACUACAAUAUUCUCCAUUUUUGAAGAGAGUGAAAAGCUGGAAUGCUUUCUACCUAGAAUUGUUUUGCGUGUAUGGAUGGUUGUACUUUUGGUACUUGCAGCAAGUUAUACAGCAAGCUUUGCAUCAAUGCUUACUGUACAUAAGCUUUCACCAACAGUGAAUGAUGUCCAGGAACUCCAAAAGAAUGGAGAAUAUGUAGGGUUCCACCAAGGUUCUUAUAUAGAGGGUCUACUAGUGGAAAUUGGUUUUGAUACAUCUAAGCUCAAGUCCUAUGCAACACUUGAAGAUUUCUAUAGUGCUCUUUCUAAUGGAAGCAUUGUUGCGGUUGUACUUGACAUCCCAUACAUCAAAUUGUUUCUCGCAAAGUACAACAAAGGUUACGCAAUGGUGGGGCCUAUUUACAAGAGUGCAGGUUUUGCAUUUGCGCUUCCCAAGAAUUCUCCACUAUGUGUUGAGAUGUCAAGGGCGAUACUCAACAUAACAGGAGGAGAUACUAUCAUUCAACUUGAAAAGAAAUGGAUAGAUCAAAAUAGCCAUGAAAAUGAUGGCACACUCGAUGGUUCAGGCGCUAUCACUUUUGAAAGUUUUGGGGGAUUAUUCCUCCUAACUGGAGUUGUGACAACAUGUUCCCCUUUUGUAGCGAUGUUAAUGAACCGCUACAAAGAAGAUCAACAAGAUCCAGGGAACAAAGGAGAUGACCAGAAUGAAUUCGGACACGAGCAAGUUAAGAAAAGGAGACAUGUGAAGAACAAAGAGAUGAAAACAGAAAAUGAAUUGAGAGAGAUAAACAACACUGUUAGUGCUUCACAGUUUGAGCAGAAAUGGUAACCGGCUACCACACAGUAGGUGCUCACACCCAAAAUAACAAUGCAACAUCACUGAUUCAUAUCGGUUUACAAACCAUUCUUGGGGAGACAAAAGUGGUAGGUGGCUCAAGUUAUUUCCAAACUGAGCAAAAUUCACCUUUCAAGCUCAAAGAUGAACAACUAACUAACUGCGGGGGCAAAGCUGGUCCAACCGAACUUGGGUACACUGUGCAUUCAAAAUCAAGUAAAUUUCCAGUUUACUUGUGCUUCAGCCUUUCAGGCAUCGGUUGGUCAACAACUGAAAAGGCUAAUUGGUCCCAUUAUAUCAUGUAAUUUUUCUUGAAACAAUCAAAGCUCGCUAUGAAGUAUUAGGGUAUAUGCUCCUUCAGUAAGAUAAUUGAGAUAUAGUGCACAAUAUAUUGUAAGGCAUCCAACACUAUCUAUCCCCGAAGAUAACUUUACAACACUAUGUCAGUCAAUAUGUCGGUAAUACAUGACUACAGCCCUAUGUCCCUCAAAAAUGCUACAACCCUUUGAAAUUAUAGUAAUGAACUAACCAUUUUUACAUUUAUAGUAGGCCCUAACACUGUACUUUACACAUCACAAAAUUAACACAUGACA